AUAAAACACAGAAGAAUGGAGGCUGGGAACUGCUCAGCCACUGAGUUCCUUCUCUUGGGAAUUACCGAUAACCCUGUGAUCAAGGUGAUUUUAUUUAUCGCUUUUCUAAUUGUUUAUCUCAUUAUUCUUACUGAAAAUCUUGGAAUGAUCAUUUUGAUCAGAAUGGAAACUCGGCUUCAUAUGCCAAUGUACUUCUUCCUCAGCCACCUCUCUUUUUCUGACGUCUGCUACUCCACUGCAGUUGUCCCAAAGAUGUUGGUAGACCUGCUUGCAAAAGGCAACAAUUCAAUUCUUUUUCUUGGCUGUGUUCUCCAGUUCUUCGUCUUCUGCAUCUUUACAGAUGUGGAGUGUAUGCUGCUGGCAAUGAUGGCCUUUGACCGGUACAAGGCAAUCAGCAACCCUUUGUUAUAUGCAGUAGACAUGUCUAGUAAGGUUUGCUAUCAACUUCUGGCUGUGGUUUACGUGGUGGGUAUUGUAGAUGCUGUGAUUCAUACAACACUGACAUUUCACUUGUGUUUCUGUGGUUCUAAUGAGAUCAAUCAUUUCUUCUGUGAUUUACCUCCUCUUUACCUCCUGUCCUGCUCUGACAUACAAGUCAAUGAACUGGCCUUAUUUGCUGUUUUUGGUUUUAUUGAACUGAGCACUAUCUCGGGAGUACUUGUCUCGUACUGUUACAUCAUUUUAUCAGUCCUGAAGAUCCAUUCUGCUGAGGGGAGGUUCAAGGCCUUCUCUACCUGCAUCUCUCAUUUAACAGCAGUUUCCAUUUUUCAGGGAACAAUGUUAUUCAUGUAUUUCCGGCCAAGUUCUUCUUAUUCUUUAGAUCAAGACAAAAUAACCUCACUGUUUUACACGCUGGUGAUCCCCAUGUUGAACCCUUUAAUUUACAGCCUAAGAAACAAGGAUGUGAAAGAGGCCUUGCAAAAACUGAAAACAAGAACUUGGUUGUAA